AUGAUAAAUGAUUUGGGACGAUUCAAACAAGAAAUCUUCACUUCGCAUUUGACAUUUGAUCCGAAUCCACAAUCUGUUGAAGUUGCCACGAAAAAUGUACAGGUGAGGAAACAAUGAAUUUGGUAACGUUUGGGUUUGUAAAAAUUAUCAUUAAAGUUCAGAUAGAAUAUCUGAAAUAUAAUUCGAAGAAACAGUUUUGUAGAAUUUUUAUUACUUACAAGGGAAGUAAAAAGGGUUCUGAAAUUAACUUUUGACAAAAUAUGGUGAAAUAUAGUAAUUCGACCAUGCUGAAAAGUCAAAAGUUGCUAUAACCUACUCUGAGCCAUGUUUUAGAGCUCAGAAACUAAUUCACUUCCCUUGUUAAUAAUUUCCACUGAACAUAAUAUUUUGAAAUUUCCGAUUUUUUUUUACAUCGGACGCUUAAAAGCAUGUUCUAAUAAAUGUAUUUCUAGGUUAAUAUUAUUUCAUAUUCAAAUUUUUUGAACCGAAAUAUAAUUGUAUUUCUAUGAAAAUUAAGACGUUAUAUUUUUACGUGACCCCAACUCAUUUUCGAUUUAUGAAUACUUUCCAGUUUUUAUUAUAGUUCUGUUUUCGUUUCUGUUUUGAAAAAAUGUCUUGCAGAAACAUUUUUGAAGUAUUUAAAUAUAUCAAACCUUUUUCAAGCUAAAGUUUAAUUUUUUUGAGUGGUCCCCAUGGUGAGAUAGGAGUUUUUUUAAUUCUAAGUAUGUUCAAAUAUUUCUGGUAAAUAUAUAUUUUGAAAAGUAUCCAUAUGUUUUUCUCAUUUUCAAACUAAAUUAUUUGACAGAAACUCAAAGAAUCACUCGAUUCAUGGAGAGAUCGAAUUAAAGAAAGACUCGAUGCAAUCGAUGAAUUAUGUAGAGAUGAAGCUGAUACAUUAACUCCUGAACAAUUUGCUGCUUUGAGAGAAAAAAGACGACUUUUGGCCGAUGAAUAUGAAACUGUUUUGAGAAAUGUUGAAAAUAUUCAUACAAGGUUUGUUUAUAAAAUAAAUAAUAUUAACAAAAAUGGUGGAAAUUUUCUAGAAAUUGUCUGCGAUUAAUGUUAAAUCGAUAUGACAAUACAAAAUAAAAAAUAAAUGUUAGUUAACAUUCUUCCAAUUUUUUGGUUAUAUAGUUUUUCAAUGAUUUUAACGACCCCUUUCGAUUAUAUGUAACACUUGUAUUAUGUUACAAUUAAAUAUGUUAAUUUUGUGUCCUCUUCUCAUAUUUUCGAUAUUUCGAUUUGUGAGAAAUAGUGCAUAAAAAGAAGAGAAAUAGAGAUGAUUAUAUUUACAGAUAAUCAUAUUUUUCCAAGAGAACACGGUAUAUUUUUGGUAUUUUCUUGUAACUUUUUUUUUCAUAAAUAAUUUGGUUUUAUUUUCAGAUUGAAUAUUUUGGCUGCAUUGCUCAUUGAAUUUUCAUCUUUAACAUCUUCAAUGCAAUCAUGGAUGACUGAUAGAACUCGAUUUGGUGGAGAUAUUAGACAUAUGUCGGCUGAUCCAGAAAAGUUUGAACAAGUAAGAAAUCAUAACUUUUUUUUUUAGAAAAUUGUAAUUUAUUUUGAAAUAUUUUCAGGCAAGAAUUGAGGCGAAAUCUCUUUUGGAAGAAGUUCAGAGAGAAGAAUCAAGAUUGAAAAAUAUUGGACAAUCAGUGGUUCGAAUUGAAAAAGAAAUCGAGGAAAUGUAUGAAGAUAUUCGAAAUUCUCAAUCUGGUUCAAUUCCAUCUGGUGUUGAUAUUGAAGAAGUUCAUGAAACACAAAAAAGAGUUGAAGAUGAUUAUAUUUUGUUGUUAAAACAAUGCCAAGAUUUAUUACAAUUCCAAAAUCGAGUUCAUUCAAUGAAUGAUCAACACGCGGAAGAAUCAAGGAAAGCUGAUAUUUGGCUUGGAAAAUUGUAUGAUGAAUUGGAUAAUGUUGAGAAAGCAAAGGUAAUAAAUUGAAAAUUAAGAAACAUUAUAAGUUAAUUUUAUUUAAAGAUAAGUGAUAAUGAAAGAUUGGAAAGAAUGGAAGAAUUGAAUAGAAUGGCAGCUGGAGGAUCUUCGCAACUUGAUGAAGCUGAAAUUGCAUCACAAAGAUUAUUGAAUGAAUUGGAAGGAACAACUGCAGCUGAAGAUAUUAGAAAAAGACAUUCAUUUAUUGCAAAUCAACGAAGAGAUAAGUAAGUUCAUUAUAUAUUCUGAAUAAUGAUCAAUAUUUAUUUAUGUAUAUUUUUCAGACAUCGUGAUGUUCUUGAUCGACUUCAACAAAAUAUGAAUGAUGCAGCAGCAAGAAGAGCUGAAGCUGAAGGUGUUAAAAAUGCAAUUGAAAAUAUUGGAAUAUGGAGUGAUCAAGUUGUGGAAAAAACAAAACAACCGAUUGAAUUGGCAUUGAAUGAAAUAGCUUUGAAUGAAGCAAAACGAGAUGAACAAGUUCUGAAUGGAGAAAUUGAAUCAAGACUUGCUAUUUUGAAUCAAUUGGAAGAAAAAGCUAAUGAUGUUAAUGAUUCUGAAUCUGUUAAAACUAUUCAAAAUAUUCGACAAAAAUUGCAAAGAUCAAAAUCAGAUUUGAAAGGAGUUCGAGAUAAUAUUUAUGAUGCAUUGAAUGGACUUCAUUUGAUAAACUCGAAUUCCGAAAAAACAAAUCGAGCAAUUGAUAAUCUUUCAACAAAAAUGCGAAAUGGAAGAGAAUCAAUUGAUGAUAUUGAAGAAGAUUUGAGUGGAAUAAAACAAAAUAUUCGAGAAAUUGAAGAAGUCACAAGAAAUGUUAUCAAUAUUCCAAAUGUCACUAAAACUGAACCUGUUUUGGAAAGAAAUCGAGAUUUGAGAAAAAGAGCAGAUAGUUGUGCAAAUGAAAUUGAAUCGAAAAAGAAUCGAAUGGAAGAACAACAAAAUGUUGAAACACAAUUUGAAGAUGCCAAAAAUCGAACAAAUGAAUGGAUGAAUAGAUUCGAGGAUGAUAUUAAACAAUUAGAAAAAGUAUCAAUCGAAAAAGACAAAUUGGAUGAACAAAGAAAAGAAACAUUGGCAAUGGCUGAUAGACAUUUACAUGCACAAAAACAAGUAGAUGAAUUAGAAAAUAUUGCACAGAAAUUAGAAGAUCCACAAAAAGUUAUAAAAGCAUCCAAUAUUAUUGGCGAUUUGAAUAAUCGAGUACAAAAACAAGCAGCUGAUUUGAAAUCAAGAGGAGAUCGAAUUAAUAAAAAUGAUGUGAAAUCAAGUGCUUUGAAAGAAGCUGAAGAAGAUGUUAAUAAAUGGAUUGAAAAAAGAAUGGAAACAUUGGCUGAAUUACCUAUUCCUGUUACAAAAGAUGGUGUGAAAUCACAAUUAUUGGAAUUGGAAAGAAUGGAUAAAAGUGGAAGAGGAGAACAAAGAAGAAUUGAAGAAGUUCGAUUAACAGCAAGAGAAUUAGCAAGAGAUGCAUCAAUUGAAAAAGAAGCUGAAGAUGUUAUUAAAAGAGAAAAACAAUUGGCUGAAAAUUGGGAAAAUCUUGCUGAUCAAUUUGAUUCUGCAAGAGAAAGAGCUCGAAAUACCGAGAAAUUAUUGGAUGAUUAUCAACAAAUUGACAAAUGGUUGGGUGUAAAACAAAAAAUGGUUGAUAUGAUUGGAGCACCAAAUACUGAUGCAAAUGUUGCACGAACACAAAUUGGACAAAUUAAUCUGAUGAAAGUUGAAACUGAAGGAGAAAAACAAGCAUUGGAUAAUUUGAAUACUUUGGCUAAUGAAUUAGUAAGCGGUUGUGAUGAUGGAAAUGCACAAGAAUUAAUGAACAAGGUAAGUUUUUUGUAGAAAAAAUAUUUCAAGAAUUUAUUGUUAAUUAAUUUAGAUGGAUGUUUUGAAUCGUCGUUGGCAUUCUCUUGAAAGUGGAAUCGAAGACAAAUCGAAUAAAAUUGAAGAAGCUGCAAAAUUGGGAGAUGAACUUCGACAAAUAUACAAACAACUCAAGUAUGUUCGAUAUCACAAAAAUGAACAAAUUUGUGUGUGGCUAUAGUUGAGAUUACUGUAGCCACAAAUAAUUUUUUUGCUGCCACAUAGUUAAUAAUACAAUACCCAUAAAAUUACUUUUUUUCAGAAAUGAGAUUGGAGAGCUUGAAUCAAAUGUUGAAAAAGCAUCUACAAUGUCUCCGAAUGAUGUUCGAGAACAAUUAUCGACACUUGAUAAUUUGAAAUUGCGUUUUGGUGGAGUUGAUAAGGCAUUGGAUAAACUCAAACAAAUUAUGGAUUCUGCUGAAGAUUUGGAAGUUGAUGCAACAAAUCGAGCUGAAAUAAAAGAAAAUCUUGAAGCAACUCAGAAAAAAGCAGAUGAAAUUGAACGAAAAAUUGAUAAUGUCAAAAAGGCGGCAUUGAAUGCACAAAAUCAAGGUGUUGAAUUGGAACAAAAAUUGGAUGAUCUUCUUGGAAUUGUGAAUAUGGCUGAAAAUGAACUUGGUGAAGUUGCUCCAAUUUGUGCGGAUAAAAUAAAAUUGGAUGAAGAAUUGAAAAGAUCAGAAGAGAUUUAUAAAAAGUUGAUCGAUAAUGAUGGAGAUGUUUCGUUAUUGAAGUAAGUUUUUUUUUGAAUUUGAAUCAGAUAAUGGAGGGUUUAUCAUGAAUAUUUUAGAGCAAAACUUGGUGAAGAACUCAAAAAGACACCAGAUCAAAAUUUGAAGAAGAAACUUGAUGAAUUGAAUGGAAAAUGGGGAAAAGUUGUGAAUGCAGCAAGAGACAGAAAAGAUACUGUAUCAAAAGUUGGAGAACUUGUAAAACAAUUCAAUGAUGGAGUAGAAACACUUGAACAAAGAUUGAAAGGAGAUGAAGAUGAAUUAGAAUCAUUGAUGAAUGAUAAAACAACAAGUCCAUCUGAAGUUUGUGAUGCUCUUAAAUUAGUUGAAAUGACAAUGGCAAGAAGAUUGGCUGAUGUUGAUGCAAUUAAUUCAGUUAUGAAUCGAAUUGAACAAAAUGCACCUGGAGCUGAUGCAAAUCGAUUGAGAAGAAAAGCUGAUAAAUUAGCAGAUGAUUGUAAUGGAAUAUCGAAGAAAGCAAGACAAGCUGCUGUUUCUGCACAAAGACAACAAGAUUUCCGAUUGAAAUUCGAUAGAUUAGUGGCCGAAGUUCAACAAUUUGUUGAUUCACAAAAAGAAAAAAUUGAGUCGGCAACUGAAAAUGAUCAAAUGAAUCAGGAAAGAGUUCAAUCGAGUAAGUUUAUUUUUAGUUUUUUGUUGGAAAAUGCAUCAUUUUUCAGAACUUAACGAGGUUGAAGAUUUUUGGUCAUUGAAACAUCGCGAAUUGAAAUCAGCAGGAGAGGAAAUAAAGAAGAAUGGAACAAAUGAAGAUUCGAAUGAUGCUGAAAUCAAAAUUGAAACACUUGAAUCAGCAAUUGCUUUUAUUAUCGAUUUGUUGAAACAACAAAGUUUGAGAAAUGAAGAGAAAAAAGAUGCAGCUGAUAGAAUUCAAUUGGAAACACAAAAAGCUGGACAGAAAAUCAAUUCUUUGAUUGGAGAUAUUGGAGAUUUAGAUCCAAUUGGAAGAAGUCGAGAUGAAUUGAAAAAACAAAAAGAAGAAAUUAAAGAAUUGGUUGAUGAUUUGGAUUCGGCUGAAACAAAAUUGAUUGAACUUGGUGCGGAAUGGGAUGCUUCUCUUGAUGCUGGAAUUGUUACAAAACCAGUUUAUGAAACAAAUAAAGCAACGACUGAUGAAUUGAACAAGGUUAGUCAUAUUUCUGACAUAUUUCUUCGAAAAUAUUAGAGAAUCCCGUUAUAGUAAAUAGUAAAACAUUCAUUUUACAACAAAGUUGAAUUUUCGAGUAUCUUGUUUAGUACACAAUCUAGUGUUUGACGUAAAUCAUUUUUUUUUUUGAAAAGACAUUAACAACAUUGAAUUAUGAGUGGUUUUGCAAAUAGAAAAAAGAUAUCGUAUCAGUUUUUGUUAGUAUCUUUUGAGUAGUUGACAAGUAAUUGAAUAGUUUUCUGGAUUUUCUCGUAUUAUCUGAAGUUUACGAGUUUUUGUUAGGAAUAGAAUAAUUCCAGAACAAAUAAAAAUGUCUACCUAUUUAAUAAAUAGGUAGAAAAGAAGAAGUUCGAGAGUUCGUGGAUUUUAAAAAUAUAUCAUUCAUCUGUGACCAAAGAAUGUCGAAAUAUGAUAUUCUUUUUUGUUUCUUCUUGCAAACACUUUGAAAAUUCUCACUCAUCAUCACAUAUUUUGACAACAAAGUUUUAUAAAAAGUAUUGAAAGCAGUUGUUUAAUCAAUCAGCUGUUGGGCGGAGAUUCGCGCAUUUUUAUUUUUCAAUUCUCUUAUAAUAAUCUUUUUAUUUUGUGAUGUGAACAUGUUUGAUGAUUUCAAGUAUUUUGAUGGGGCACUAAAUAGAACACCUGUUAUUUUAUUACCUAUUUUUUAUUAUGAGGUUUGAUAAUUUUGGAAUUGCUACAGUAAUCUAGAAUUAACAAAUAAAUGUAUACUAUUUUCAGCUUGCUGCUCGAGCUCGAAAACGACUUGGACAACGAGAAAAGAAACUUGAAGAUACUGAAAAUGAGAUUGAUAAGUUGCACAAAGAUGCGCAAGAAAUUGUAAAUGAGCUUGAAAUUGUUGGAAAGAAUGAGAUUUUGGCACCUGGAAGCUCACUUUUGGAUCCAAAAUCAGUUUCUGAAAAAGUCAAACUUUUGAAAGAAUCAAUGAAACCAAUCGGAGAAAAAAUGGAAAAUUUCAAUUCGGAUUGUAAAUUGAUGAUCAAAACAGCUGGACCUGAAGGAGACACAUCGGAAUUAGAUGGACUUUUGAAAAAAGUUGGAAAUUCUUGGUCGGAAGUAGUUGGAAAAGUUGGAGACAAAGAAAUGAAUGUGGAUGCAGCUGUACAACAACAAGGAAAAGUUGAAGAUGCAUAUAGAAGUUUGAUGAAUUGGUUAGAAGAAACUGAAGAAAUGUUGGAAAAUCAGAAAAAACCAUCUGCUGAUGCAAAAGUUGCGAAAGCUCAAUUACAUGCAUAUGAAGUUCUUAUGAAACAUGUUGAAGAUAAACAAACAAGUAUUGAUGGAUUCGCGAAUAUGAUUGGAAAAAUAAAUGGAAAUGAACAAGAAGAAAUUGCAUUGAAAAAUAAGAAUGAUGAAGUCAAAAAUCGAUAUUCUGAUCUUUUGGAAAAUGCACAAGAAAGACAAAGAAAAUUAUUGGAUAGUGUUGAUUUGGCUGAAAGAUUACAAGAAGUUGUUGUUCCAUUUGAAAAUUGGUUGAAUUCGGCUGAAAAACGAUUAAAUGGUUUAUCGAAAAUUCCAAUUAGUGUUGAAAAAGCUGAAAAUAUGAUAAAAGAACAAGCUGCUAUUCAAGAUGAAUUGGAAUUCAAAUGCGAUGAUUUGAAAUCCAUUCUUGAGGUUAGUUUUCUUUAAAAUUAAAAACAGGUGGUUUAAAAUAAAAAAUAUUAUUAUUUUCAGAUUGCACCACUUUUAUCAUGUUUAGUUAGUGUUGAAGAUGCGAAUAGUGUUUCUGGACAAGUUCAACAACUUGAACAUCGUGCACGAAUUCUUGAUAAUGGAGUUACUGCAAUGCGACCACUUAUUGAAGAAUUCCUUCAACAAAUUCAAGAUUUCACAUUAGAUUCCGAAGAUUUGGCACAAUGGUUGGAUGAGACUAAAAUUCGUCUUGGUGAACUUGAUGAACUUCCAAUUGCACCAGAUGAUUUAGUUGAACAAUCAAAUAUUCUUGGAGAAAUUGGAGCAUCGAUUGCUGACAGAUAUGAAACUGUAACAAGUAUUAUUGAAGUUGGAACACAAUUGGCAAUUCAAGGAGAUCCAGAAGAAGCUAUUCUAGUUCAACGAAAUAUUGAUAGCUUGAAAUUCCGAUAUUCUGAUUUGACAUCUUCAGCUGAUGAAAAGAUUGCAUUGUUGGCAAAAGCUAUUCCACUUUCUGAAAUGUAAGUUUAUAUUAAUUAAUUAUUUAAUUAUCUAACAAAAAUGUUUAACAGGUUCCAUAAUGGAUUUGAUGGUGUAAUGGAAUGGCUUGAAGUUAUUGAACAAGAUUUGCAACAAAUUGAUGAAGAAGAUGCUGAAACACAAGCUGAUCAAAUAUUUUAUUUGGAAGAAGAUAUUUCAAAAUGGAGACCAGAAGUUGAUGAAUUAACAGCAAUUUCAACUCAACUUCAAGCACUUUGUUCACCAGAAAAAGCUGAUGAAUUACUUCAAAAUACGGUUGAAAUGAAUAAAAUGGUAAAUAGUGUAGCAGAUCGAGUAUCAAGAAGAGCGGAAAGAAUUGAAAUGCAGAAAAAACAAUCGAGAGCUGUUUUAGAUGAUUUAUGUUAUUUGGUUGAUUGGUUUGUGAAUGCAAGAGAUCGAAUUGAUUCUGCUGGACAAUUAUCAUUAGAUCCUGAAUAUUUGAGAACUCAAUUAAAACAUCAAAAAUUGAUGAAUGAUGAUGUUAAUUCGAAUAAAGGAGCUUUGAAAAAUGUUUCGAAUGAAGCGAAAAAAGUUGUGAGACAAUUGGGAGCUGAAGGAACUGAAGCAAAUGCUGAAUUAUUGGAUAAAUGUGAACAAGGAAAAGAAUUGGUUGAUGAAGUAACACAACUUUGUUUGGAUCGAACUGAAACACUUGAAAAAGGAUUAGUUUUGACUGAACAACUUGCUGAUCAAUUUGAUGGUUUAAAUGAAUGGUUAGAUCAAAUGGAUGAAGAAUUACAAAAUGCAUCAAAUGUAACAACUGCAACACCAGCAAAUGAAUUAAGACAAAUGCAUGAUCAUAAUAGUGAAUUGGCACAACAAAUGAUCGCUUAUCGACCAAUUAUUGAUGGAUUGAAAGAAAAUGUAAAAUCACUUCAAGAAAUAUGUGGAGAAAGAGAAGCUGAAUCACUUGGAGAAAUAAGUAAUGAUGUAAUUGGAAGAUAUGAAGAAAUGAAAGAAAUAAUUCGUGGAAGAGGACAAGCAAUUGAUAAUACAAUGAAUGCAACUAUUGGAUUUGGAGAAAGAUUGGAAACAUUGGUUGCUAAUUUACAAGGAGCUGCUGAUCGAUUGAAAGAAAAUGAAGGAAUAUCUGCUGAUCCAAGUGUUUUGGAAAGUCGAUUGGCUGAAAAUAUUGCAAUUCGAGAAAGUCUUCGAGAUAAACAAAAUGCAUAUGAUGCAUUGAAACAAACUGCAAACGAAUUAUUGGCAAAUAUUCCAAAUGGUGAUGCAUCUGGUGGAGAAGUUGAGAAUAAAUUGGAAAGAUUGGAUAAAUUAUGGAGAGAAAUUGAAAAAGAAGCAGAAGAUCAAGGUGGAUUAUUGGAAGAUGUUCUUGGAAAAUCCAAAAAAUUCUGGAAUGAAUUGGAUGCUUGUCAAAAAGCCGUGAGUUAUUUUUUGACUGAAAUUUAAUUCCUAAGUAGAAUAUCCAAAAUUUUUCCCAAUCUUCUUUUCCGAAUUUAAUAUUUCCUAGUCAUUUUCUUUUUAAAAAUUUCACUAGUUUUGAGAAUGAAAUUCAAAAAAAAUUUAAUUCAGAAAUUUCCAAGAUUUAAAAAAAAGGAGAAAAAAAAAAGAAAUUUUUGAAAAUUUAAAAAAUACAAGAAAAUGAAAUUUUAAUGAAUUUUUUGGAAUCUAUUUUCGUUAAAAAAUCCCAAAAUCCAAAGUUAGACCUAAUAAAUAAUUCUGGGUCGUUUAAAGCAAGUUGUUUUAUUCAUUCAUGCUCUAAUGAUUUUUCAUUGUUCUAUACUUUUUUUCUUUUAAAAAACUCUUAUUUUUCAAAUUUUAGGUUGAUGAUCUUCGUACUCGUCUUGAACUUAUUGAACCGGCCACCGGAUCUCCUGAACAAUUGGCUGAUCAACAAGAUUUGAUGACACAAGUUGCACAUGAAAUGGAAAGAACAAAACCAAGAAUUGAUUCAUUAUCGCAUUCUGGAAAUGCUUUAUCAAACUAUGUUUCACCUGAAGAAAAGUCUGUAAUUGAAGCACAAGUUGAUAAUGUUCAAGGAGGCUUCUCAACUAUUACUGCUUUGUUUGCUGAAAAGAAACGGUAUGUUUAAUUUAAUUCAAUUGGAAUUAUUUUUUAUUGUUUAUUUUACAGUGAUUUGAUUGCUGCAAUUGAAGAAGCAAUGAUGUUCCACGAAGAUUUGAAAGCACUUCUCGGUUGGCUCGAAAAAGCUGAAAAUUAUGUUGCAAAUAUGACAUCAGUUGAAUCAGCAAAACAAAUGAAUGAAAUAGCUGAAUUACUCGAUCAAUUACACAAAUUCAAAGAUGAAGUUGAUGAAAAAGGAAUAAGUAAAGAACAACUUGUUUCAACUGCAAAUCAACUUGUUAUUGAUUCUCCUCCACAUUUGGCUGCAAAUGUUAAACAACCAAUAAAUGAAUUAAAUGGAAGAUGGACAAGAUUAUAUGCUAUUUUGGCUGAAAGAGAACAUAAAUUGGAAAGUUCGAUGUUACAAAUGGGUAAAUUAACAGAUGCAAUUGAUCAAUUAACAGCUUGGAUGGAUAAAACACGUGGCACUUUGGUUGAAAUAUCACCACCAAAAAAUGGUAUCAAUUUGAGAGAUGUUGAAAUUGCUCAAUGUAAAUUAGUUGUUAUAAGUAAUGAUAUUCAUGCACAUCAAAAUAGUGUUGAUGCUUUGAAUCAAUAUAAAAAUAAAAAAGGAAUUGAUCGAGAAACAAUUGGAAGAUUAAAUGAAAUGAAUUUGAAAUGGGAAGAACUUCAGAAAUUGUUGGCUAUUUUAUCAUCACAAAUUGAGAAAUCAAAGAGAGAAGCUGAAAAUGUUGGAGGAGAAGUUGAGAAAUGGCAAGCAUGGUUGGAUGAAAUUGAAGCACAAUUAUUAUCAACAAAACCAACAGGAGGAUUACCUGAAACUGCUGAACAACAACUUGAUGAAUUCCGAAUUUUGAAAGCUGAUGUUGAACAAAAUAGUGGAGAUAUUCAAAGACAAUUAGAUGCACUUUCUUCAAAUGAAAAAGAUGAUUGGAUGGAUAAAACAUAUAAUGGAAUGAAAAUAAAAUGGGCGAAAAUUGGAGAAUUAUUAGUGGAUCGAGAAAAGAAAUUAGAAUUGGCAUAUGAACAAGCUGUACAAUUGGAAAAUUCAUUGAAUGAUAUGGAACAAUGGAUUGUUGGUAGGUUUUUGACAUUUUCACUGAAAAUUACGGAAUUUUUUUUUUGGUUGAUUAACCCCAUAAAAAGAAUACUGUGGCAAUUAAAACAAAUCUUUUCGGUGUAUGAAAAAAAUAAUUAUUUACAGAUUCUGAAAGAAAAUUGUCUGAUCUUCCACCAAUCAGCCGACUUCCUGAAACUGUUGAUAAACAAUUAUCGGAUCAUGAAACAUGGAUGGAUGAAGUUGCAUUAAGAAAACAACAAAUGGGACAACAUCAAGCAACUGGUGUUCGAAUGCAAUAUUAUUGCGAGAAAAAAGAUGCUAUACCAAUUAAAAAUCGGCUUGUUUCAUUGAAACAUCGAUGCGAAAAAAUAUCAACUCGAACUGCUGAAAGAGCAAAACAAUUAAUUGGUGCAAAAGAUGAAGUUGGUGCUUGGCAAGAUGGAAUUCAUGAAUUGGAUGGAUUUAUAAUUGAUAUUUUGGAGAGAAUUGGAGCAAAUGAGCCAAUGACAAGUAGUUUGGAGAAAUUGAAAGUGAAAUUGGAAGAAGUUAAAGAAGCACAAAAAGAUGUUAGUGGAAAACAGGCAUUGUUUGAUUUGACAAGAAAACGAGGAAAUGUAUUGGCUGAACAUGCAACAAGAAAUGAAUAUAAAAUAAUUGCAAGUCAAAAUGAGAAAAUUGGAAAAAGAUGGAAUGAAAUGAUGAAAAAGUUGAGAGAUCGAUUGAGAGAAGUUGAACAAGGAGUUUUGGAAGGAGGUGCAUUUGAAGAAUCGAUGAAUGAUUUAGAAGGAUGGGUUGAUGGAGAAUUGAAUAGAUAUUUGAAACAAGAAGAACAACCUGUUUAUGGAGAUAUUGAUAAUGUUCGAAUUUUGAUGGAUGAUGAAAAACGAAGAGGACAAGAAAGAAAAAAUAAGGAAAAUGGUAUUAAAAUGAUUGUGAAAAAAGCGGAUGGUUUAUUAGCAAAUGGAGCUGAAGAAAGUGAAACAAUAAAAGAAGCAAAAGAUCGAUUAGUUGAUAAAUGGGAUAAAAUUGAAGAAUUGGCUAGAAAACGAGGAGAUUCUAUUAAAGAUGCUGGAAAAGAAGCGGAAGAUUUUGAUGCAAAAACACAUGCAUUAUUAGAUUGGUUGGCUGUUGAAGAACAAAAAUUGAAGGUAUGUAUUUUGUUUUUUCAAUUUUUCAAAGCAUUCUGUUUAUUUUUUUUUCAGGCUCCUGUUACAAAUGUCAAAAAAGCGAUUGCUGACGUGGAAAAUAUUAAAUCUGAAAUGAAAGAUGCUAAACCGAACUAUGAAUCUUGUAUCCAAAAAGGUGCUGCAAUUCUCGAAAAAUGUCAACCAGCUGCCGAACAAACUCUCAAAAAUUGGAUUCGUGUUGUUGAAGCUCGAUGGAAAGAAGUCAAUGAAAAAGUUGAUGAAAAAGAAUUUGGACUUUUGGAAGAUGAACAAAAAGAAAAAGAAAAGGACGAAUUGAUUGCGAUGCUUGCUAAAUUUGCUGCUUUGAAACGUGAACAAUUGAAUCGAAUGAUUGAUCAACCAUUGGCACAGGAUCUUGAUACCAUUGACAAACAGCUCAAAGAAAUGUCGGAUUUAGAUUUUGAAUUACGUGAAAAACAAGGUGAUAUUGACAGUGCUUGUAAAACUGGAAAGAAAGGUGGACCGAAAAAUGUGGCAGCUGAUAUGCUUUCGAAUGAAUGGAAAAAAAUAUGGUUGGAUGCAAUGGGAUUGCAAUCAACACUUGAUGCACAAAAAGAAUUACUUGAAGAAAUGAAAAGAUUGGAAGGUUGGAAAUGGGAAGAUUGGAAAGAAAGAUAUGUGGAAUGGAAUGAUCAUGCUAAAGUUGGUUUUUUUUUUUAAUUUUUAGAAUUAAUAUUCGAAAUUCUCCUUUCACGUUUCCCUGUCUAUACAUGUUAAUUUUAUUACAGGCUCGUGUUUCUGAUUUAUUCCGUCGAAUCGAUCGACUUCAUACUGGAAAUGUUCCAAGACAAGUGUUUAUUGAUGGUAUUAUUGGAUCAAGUGAGUUUAUUUUUUCCUAAUUUUUCAAAGAAAUUUCAUCUAUGAAUGAGUACUGUAGACGUAAUUCCAAAUUCGACAAUCACAUAUUCUCGUAAGUCUGAAUGUUGUUAGUGAAACCUGCAAUGAGUUGAUCGAAAUAUAUAUUAGUUACGGAAUGUUUUGUUGUUUUUUAUUGUUAAUUAUUUAUAUACAUAUUUUAUAUAUUGUAUAGUUCCAUUAAGCACGCCUUCUUUCUAUCUGCUCUCAUUUUCUAUUUCCUAAUUUCAGUGAUUCCAGCAAUUAAUCAGUUGGACAUAAACAUUAAAAUAUUGUUUUCAGAAUUCCCAACAUCUCGAUUAGAAAUGGAAAAAGUUGCUGAUUUGUUCGAUAAAGGAGAUGGAAUGAUUAAUUCAAAAGAAUUUAUAAAUGCGUUGCGAUUUGAUUCAAGCAAUGUGAGUUUUUUUUUAAUUAGAAAUAAUACGAAAAAUAAUAUUUUCAGAGAAAUGCCAAACCACAAACCGACACUGAAAAAAUCACCCAUGAAAUCGAAAGACAGAAAAAGACUUGUAGUUGUUGCCAACCAUAUCAAAUUGAGAAAAUAUCUGAUAAUCAUUAUAGAGUGAGUAAAAUAUUUUUAGGGCGGUUUCUAGGUCCAAGCAAGUUUGGGUCUCGUUUAUUCCUUGUCCUGUGCUAAUUUCUAAGAUUUCAUAAUUAUUUUCAAAAUCCCGUGAUAUCCUUUUAAUUCAAAUCUUACCUUUGUUUCUGGGAUUACAGUAGCAAAAUGAAGAUAGUUCCUUUUUCUUUUAUUUCAAAAUAAUCGGAUUAUUCUCGAGAUUUUCACUAAUACCGGAUUUUGAAUGAAAUACCCUUUUAGAGAAUAUUCAGAAACAAUAUUUUUCAGUUUGGUGAUACACAUAUCAAGAGAAUGGUUCGAAUUCUUCGAUCAACAGUUAUGGUUCGAGUUGGCGGUGGUUGGGAAUCUUUGGAUGAAUUCCUUCAUAAACAUGAUCCAUGUCGUGCAAAAGGUCGACUUAAUAUAAAUAUGUUCCCUGAAUCAAAACCAAAUAAUGCACUUGAUUCAAUGAGAGCAUUCACCAAAAAUCGACAUGCAAAAGAUAUUCCUUCUGGUUCAACACCAGGUCCAAUUAUGAAAAUUCGAGAAAAAACAGAUCGAAGUGUACCAAUGAGUGGAGGAUUGGGUGGAACUGCUGGAUAUACACCAAUUAAUACAACUGGCUCAAGAAUUCCAAGAGCACCAAGUGAUUUGAGUGCGGGAAGAUUGAGUGCUGCAAAUUCGAGAGGUUCUUUAGCUGAUCAAUCAAGACCAUCUUCAAGAGCUUCUUCAGAUGAUGGAAAACAAUCAAGAAUUCCAUCAUUGAGAAUGAAAAAAGGACAGAGGUAAUAUUUUAUAUUCAAAAAAAAAAGUUAGGAAUAUUCUCAAUAUAUAUUUCAUUUCAGAUAUAAUCCACCAUCAACACCAAAGUGA